UCUGCUGUGUUUGUUUUUACAGACCAGCUUCAGGAUUCUGUUGGAAAAGAGGUUUUCUCUGACCAGCAGCUCUGUGGACAGGAGAAGAAUUCCAGUUUGGACCAUGAGGAACCAGAAGCUCUGCAGAUGAAAGAAUACCAGCAAGAACCAGAACAUCCCUCGACAGAAGAGGAAACCAUGGAGCAGGAAGAACAGCUUGUUCGGAAGCAUAAGACUAAGGAUACAGGAGAGAAACCUUUGUCACGUUUGACACGGGAAGAAAACAGUCUAAAAAAGGGAUAUUUUAUGGUUCACACUCACUCAGGUCAGGAGAUUUAUAAAUGUCUUUCCUGUGGAAAAAUAUUCAUAAAGAAAUCUAGUUUAAAUGAACACAUGAUAACACACACAGGUGAGAAACCAUUUUCCUGUACCAUUUGUAAUGAGACUUUUACUCAAAAGGAUAAUUUGACUGAACACAUGAGAUUUCACACAGGUGAGAAGCCUUUAAAAUGUCUUUCCUGUGGAAAACGCUUCGCUCAGAAAUCUAAUCUUGAUUCGCACAUCAAAACUCACACAGAUGAGAAACCUUUUUCCUGUACCAUUUGUAACAAGGGUUUUACUGAAAAAACCAAUUUGACAUCCCACAUGAGAAUUCACACAGGUGUGAAACCUUUUUCCUGUACUACUUGUAAAAGGAAUUUUACUCACAAGAGUCAAUUGAUUUCUCACAUGAGAAUUCAUACAACUGAGAAGCCUUUUUCCUGUACCAUUUGUAACAUGAAUUUUACUCAGAGUAGUUUGACUACUCACAUGAGAAUUCACACAGGUGAGAAGCCUUUUGAAUGUCUGUCCUGUGGGAAAAGCUUCAAUCGGAAAUCUUAUCUUGAUAUACAUAUCAGAAUUCAUACGGGUGAAAAGCCUUUUUCCUGUUCCAUUUGUAACAAGAAUUUUACUGAACAUGGCCAUUUGACUAAACACAUGAGAAUUCACACGGGUGAGAAGCCUUUUUCCUGUUCCAUUUGUGACAGGAAUUUUACUGACAAGAGUCAUGUGACUACUCACAUGAGAAUUCACACAGGUGAGAAGCCUUUUGAAUGUCCCUCUUGUGGAAAAGGCUUCACUCAGAAAGCUCAUCUUGACAUACACAUCAGAAGUCACAAAAAUUGGAAGCCUUUUCCCUGUGCAAUUUGUAAUGACAAUUUUACUAACAAGAGUAAUUUGACUAGACACAUGAGAAUCCAUACAGAUGAGAAACCUUUCUCCUGUAGCAUUUGUAACUACAAUUUUGGUCAAAAGAGUCAUUUGACUAGACACAUGAGAAUUCAUACAGGUGAGAAACCUUUCUCCUGUUCCGUUUGUAACCAGGAUUUUGCUCAAAAGGGUUGUCUGACUAAACACAUGAGGCUUCACACAGGUGAGAAACCUUUUGAAUGUCUGUCCUGUGGAAAAACCUUCACUCAGAAAUCUAAUCGUGAUAGACACAUCAGAAUUCACAGAGAUAAGGUUGUUCCAGAAUAGUCAUUUACCACAUUAGCAAUGUAUAGAGUGUAUUUCUUUAAAGUUAAGACUAGUUUAAAGUUAUCUUCAUUGAAAAGUAAAAUGCUUUCCUUCAAAAAUGACAUUUCAAUGUGACCCCAAACUUUUAAACUGUUGUGUAAGUCACAGCAGUUAGAUGCCACAGGAAUGAACGGUAAAGACGUUUUCCAUGUUGACUGGUGAUAAAAUGUCCAUAUAGAAACUCCUUUACCUCAUUACAUGAAAAAACACAGGUUAAUGGUGUUUUUGGAGCAAAGAUUUGAUAUUCAGGUCUUUGGCAAAUAUGUGGAUGUGAAAAUUCUAAAGUUAAUUAUUUUGUGCCUGAGUAAAUUAGAUUUAAAUAGAUUUAAAUUGGUUAUAGAUGAAGCAAGUUUGUUGUAACCUGACUCCGGCAGAUGGAUUU